AUGAAACCGACCGUAGCGCUUCGGCACGCGGUUUCGGUGCUGGUCGCGGUGGUAAUAAUUUCGGUCAGGCCCGGACACGGUAUGGCGUACACAGUUUUCCAGGCAGUGGUCGAGUACUACCGGAUGAUAGCACCGGAACCAGUGGACGCAGUGCCGGAUGCGCCGUACAUUGGCCGGCAGUAUGACUUUAUUGUGGUGGGCGCCGGUUCCGGUGGGUCGGUGGUAGCCAACCGGUUGACCGAGGUGGCAGGCUGGACGGUGCUGCUGAUCGAGGCGGGUGGCGAAGAGAACGCCAUGACGGACGUGCCACUGCUGGUCAGCUAUCUGAUUGGCAGCGGAUACGACUGGGGCUACCGGACCGAACCACAGGACGGCGUGUGCGGCGCGAUGGAUGACCGUAAGUGUCGGUGGCCACGAGGCAAGGUUAUGGGCGGCACCAGCGUCCUCAACUACAUGAUGUACACGCGGGGCGUACCGGAGGACUACGACCGUUGGGCCAGGCUGGGAAACGUCGGUUGGAGUUACGCGGACGUGCUGCCUUACUUUAAGAAAUCGGAGGACUUGGGAAACGGUCGGGUUGCCGCGUCACCAGAAGCAGCACAUCUACACGGCCGCGGCGGGUACGUUAAGGUCCAGGAACCGUCGUGGAAAACUCCGCUAGGUCCGGUAUUCCUGCGCGCAGGCCGCGAGCUGGGCUACGAGACGCCUGUCGAUUACAACGGACCACGGCCACUUGGCUUCUCGUACGUACUGGCCACGACAGACCACGGAUCCCGAUGCAGCGCGUCCAAAGCUUUCCUGAGACCGAUCCGGCACCGGCCCAACCUUACGGUGGCCAAGCGGACGACGGUCACCAAGGUGCUCAUCGAGCCUAGCACAAAGCGCGCGUACGGUGUGCGGCUCGUCAGGAAUCGUCGGACCUCUUUGGUGUACGCCCGCAAGGAGGUGAUACUGUGUGCCGGGGCGUUUAACUCACCACAGCUGCUCAUGUUGUCGGGUGUUGGCCCGGCCGAACACCUAGCCGACGUUGGCGUGCCCGUCGUUAGCGACCUCCGGGUAGGCUACAAUCUGCAGGACCACGUGUCCAUGGCCGGACUGGUGUUCCUAGUCAACCAGUCGGUGACUAUCGUCGAAAGUCGGUAUCGGCACCCUAGGUACCUGGUCCAGUAUGCCCUCAACGGUGAUGGACCGCUGACCGUUCCCGGUGGCGCCGAAGCGGUGGCGUUUACGGCCACGCGGUAUGCAACCAACGGGUCAGUAGUACCCGACAUGGAACUGGUUUUUGGUCCCGGAGCGCUGACCGGCGACACGGGCGGCUCACUGCACCGCUUGUUCGGCAUGCGCGAAGACUUCUACGAAAAGGUGUACGGCGGGUUCCGUGGCCGGGACGCUUGGGGCCUAGUGCCCAUACUUCUACGACCACGCAGUCGCGGCCGGGUCAUGUUGCGGUCGGCCAACCCGUUUCACGCGCCGCUCCUCUUCCCCGGGUACUUGUCUGACACCCACGACCGCGACGUGCUCGUCGAAGGCAUAAAACAGGCUAUCGCAGUGAGCAAAACCCAAGCAUUUCAAAAAUACGGGUCUACUCUGUUGUCGGUGCCGUUCCCGGGCUGUGAACACGAGACUUUCGGGUCGGACGCGUACUGGGGUUGCUCCAUCGGACAGCUGACCACAAACCUUCACCACCAGGUGGGCACGUGCAAGAUGGGACCCGCCUCGGACCCGGACGCCGUGGUCGAUCCAAAGCUGAGGGUACGUGGCGUCAAAGGGCUCCGGGUGGUGGACGCGUCAAUCAUGCCGCUCAUACCGGGCGGUCACACCAACGCGAUGACGUUCAUGAUUGGCGAGAAAGCGGCCGACAUGAUCAAGGAAAACUGGAUCAAAUGA